GUCAACGCAUCUUAUUUCUUCUUGCAAUAUUAUUGCCAUCAGUAAGCAAUCCUAAAUCUGGUUCCUGCGGCAAAACUGAUCUUCCCGUUCCCGUUUACGAUCAGUUCAUUACAAGACGUGAAGCAAUCCGGUUGUAUAGUCAUCGUUCUUAGCUUAACAUGGCGCUGAAGGUGGGAUUGUGUCUGUUGUGUAUAUUUCUCGUUCCAGUGCUGUGCGAUGAAAGCUGUUUUAAACGAAGUGAAUCUUUCCUAUCAAAACUGGGCAUGGAAAUUUCAAUCAUGGAAAAAGGGAUCACGGAACUUUCUGCCUUCACAAAAGAUGUUGUGUGGAAUACGAUACAAAUGGAGAUGCGAGUCCGUCAGUUGAAAAUGGAGAUGGAAGCAUUCCGGCAAACUUCAAUGGCAGCAAUGAAAACGGAAAAGGCGCCAGAACCCACUAUUAGUUCUGCUGCUGCUGCUGCUGCUGCUGCUGCUUCAGCCUCCGCAAUGGCACAAGCAACAUCAGCUGCUGCAGCAGGACCAUCUUCUGGGUUAUCUUCUAACGGUGCCAUCAGCUCCAGCACUUGCAGUUUGCAGCAGUUGCUUCAGGAUCAGUUUAAGGGGAAUGUUUUAAUUGAAAUCAAAGCCGCUCCUUCGAGUUCUUCACCUGCAGAAGAGACAGUGCCGAUCGUUAAGGAGAAAAUGACUAGAUUAGGUGAUCUGGAGUCAUGCUCUCAGGCAAAUACAACGGGAAUAUAUCGGUUGAUGCUGGGUGGAAAUAGGACAAUGGACGUAUUGUGCGAUGCCGAGUUCGAUAAGGGUGGUUGGGUUGUGAUACAGCAUCGUUUCAAUGGGUCAGAAGAAUUCUAUCGGAACUGGACUGAUUAUGAGAAUGGCUUUGGCAACUUUAACGACGAGUUUUGGUUGGGAAAUAGAAAAAUUUACUUGGUGUGUAUUAGGAAACGCAUUCAGUACCUCACACGGAGUUCUCUUAACCGAAAUGUUUAAAUGAUUUUUUUCUUCUCAUUGCAGCUAACAGCGGAAAAGCCUCGCGAAAUAGCUUUCGUGAUGGAGGAUUUCGAAGGCAACAAAGGAAUUGCACGCUAUGGCACGUUUAAGCUA